AAGUAAAAAAAAUAAAAAUACUACCCCUGUCCUAUCUAUGUUAAAAAUUACAAAACAAAAAACCAAGUACUGAACAGAAAUGUCUUACAAUUUACAAGUCCAGAAGAAGUCCCACUUGUGUUGUGCCUUUGCUCUGUUCGGUCAGAAGAGGGGAAAAACGACAACAACCCCAACAAACUUUUCUCAUUGAUCUCACAACUCACUCACAAAGAUCUGAGUUCUCAAAGAUCUCUUUGACCCAUAUAAUGCCAGCCAGCUACGGAUAAACUUCUUAAAAAAAAUUUGAGAUUUUUAGUGACCCUUUUGCCAUUUUUGGUCUUUGGAGUUUGGAUAUUGUUUGUUGGAAUAGGAAUUACUAAGAUGGAUGGAGAUAAUAGUUUGAAUAUGCGUAAUUGGGGUUACUAUGAACCACCAACACCAUCUCUUAAAGGCCAUCUUGGUCUUCAGCUCAUGUCCUCAAUGCCCCAAGAACAACAACUCAUCAGGGGACGCAAUGCUAUGCUCAUUGCCACGGGAAAUAAUGGAACAUUGCACCAUAGGGAUAUUGGGGUUUCACAUUCUACAUUCCCCAUGGACUACAUGAGGGAUGCUUGGAUUAGUCAAAGAGAGAAAUUUAUUAACGUGUUACCUACACCAAACCCUGGAUAUUCAGUUUUGCCCGAGACAUCCUCCUCUCAUCAUAUGCAGAUGGUUCAACAACCACCUGAUAUGUCCAAGGAUGAAAGGAUGAUUAGUGUAGAAGAGACGGGUGUUGCGAACGAAAAUGGACCUAUUAAGAAAAGGCAGGCAGCGAAAGCCCCAAAAACCCCAAAAGAGAAGAAGGCUAAGAGAGCCCUGCGUGCACCUAAGGCUGAGAGUAGUCCCUCUGCUCCACGAGCAAGGUCUACCACUAGGAAAACCACUGAGAUUGUUAUAAGUGGGUUUGAUAUAUCCGGGAUUCCAAUUCCAGUUUGUUCAUGUACGGGGACACCUCAGCAUUGUUAUCGAUGGGGCUCUGGUGGGUGGCAAUCUGCAUGUUGUACCACUGGUAUGUCAAUGUAUCCCUUGCCAAUGAGUACCAAACGGCGUGGAGCAAGGAUUGCUGGUAGAAAAAUGAGUAUAGGAGCUUUCAAGAAGGUAUUAGAGAAACUUGCGGCAGAAGGUUACAACUUCUCUAAUCCGAUCGAUUUGAGGACCCACUGGGCUAAACAUGGUACGAACAAGUUUGUGACCAUCAGGUAGAUGUAUUCACUGGAUCUUCAUAUGUUGCAUUCAGCACGUUUCUCUUGUUUAUAUGUAUGCAACCUGUAGCAGAGAGCCUUUUGAGUUAGUUCCUGAUAUGUUAUUCUAUUGUCCAUUCCUCUUGACAUUUACAUCUUACAGGAAAGGGAUGUAAUGAGAAAUGUAUUGAAUUCCUGCAGUAAAAGCUUUUUUUCUGACCUAAAAAUUUGAUGUUCAAAAUGAAUUUUUUUCCUAUUA